CACUAUCCCUAUGAGGGAAUGUGGUUCUCCUUAGAUACAACACCCCAGUCUUUAUAUACAAGGGUAAAUGAAUUAGAAUUUCUUUGUCUCUGACUGUAGCCCUUUCUCUGUGAGAAAAAUAUAUUCACAUUUUCUUAAGAUGUGUUGGGGUGUCUGGCUGGCUCAGUCAGUGGAAUGUGUGGCUCUGGAUCUUGAGGUUGUGGGUUCAAGCCCUGUUGGGUGUAGAGAUUACUUAAAAAUAAAAUCUUUAGCGGGCAUCUGGGUAGCUCAGUCGGUUAAGUGACUGACUCUUCAUUUCAGCUCAGGUCAUGAUCUCACAGUUGUGAGAUCGAGCCCUGCAUCAGGCUCCAUGCUGGGUGUGGAGCCUGCUAAGAUUCUCUCUCUCCCUCUCCCUCUGCCCCUCCUCUGCUCAUGCACAUGUGUACUUUCUCUCAAAGUGAAAUAAAGUCUUUUUUUUUUAAAAAUAAGAGAUGUGUUUACUGUUACAGGGAGUAGAGACAAAAAUCUUAAAAGAAAGCUUUCACUUGAAGAGAGCAGUGAAGAUGAAAAAUGAGAAACUGAGAUGGGUGAAGGACAACCUUUUCCUAAUAUUCUCUCUGAAUAAGAAAAUCAAGUGAUAUUCACUUAAACAGGCAGAGGGAUCACUGCUGUGGCGAAAAAUCAGCAUGGCCUGGACACACUUUGCAGAACCAGGGCUGCAGCAGCUAUGUUCGCUCUGCCAUCUCUUCUGCUUUUGCUGCUGUCUCUGUGCCCCGGUCCUGGUCCUGGACCCGGGAGUGAGGCAAAGGUCACCCGGAGUUGCACUGAGACCCGGCAGGUGCUGGGGGCUCGGGGAUAUAGCUUAAGCCUACUCCCUCCCGCAGUGAUCUCAGGUGAGCACCUUCGGAUCUGUCCCCAGGAGUACACCUGCUGUUCCAGUGAGAUAGAGCAGAGGCUGACUUGGGAGACUGAGGCCACCUUCAGAGGCCUGGUGGAGGAGAGCGGCUCAUUCCUGGUUCACACACUGGCUGCCCGGCACAGAAAAUUUGAUGAGGUUUUUCGGGAGAUGCUCUCGUCAUCUGAGCACUCUCUGGCCCUGCUCUUCCACCGCUCCUACGGCCACCUGUAUUCCCAGCACGCCCCUGUAUUCACUGGCUUGUUCUCUCGGCUGCGGGACUACUAUGAGAGGUCCGGUGAGGGGUUAGAGGACGCUUUGGUGGAUUUCUGGGCACAGCUCCUGGAGAAAAUGUUCCCCCUGCUGCAUCCACACUACAUCUUCUCCCCCGACUACCUGUUUUGCCUCACUCGCCUCGCCUCCUCUCCUGAUGACUCUCUGAAGCCUUUUGGGGAGGCACCCCGCCGCCUCCGCCUGCAGAUAACCCGGGCCCUGGUGGCUGCCCGGGCCUUUAUCCAGGGCCUGGAAACCGGAAGAGAUGUGGUCAGCGAAACACUUAAGAUGCCGUUGUCCGAAGGCUGUAGGCAGGCUGUGAUGCGUCUGACCGGCUGUCCUCUUUGUCGGGGUGUCCCCUCGCUGCCACCCUGCCGGGGCUUCUGCCUCAACGUGGCCCAUGGCUGUCUCAGCAGCCAGGGACUGGAUCCUGACUGGGGGGCCUAUCUGGAUGGUCUCCUGUUCCUGGCCGAGAAGCUCCAGGGCCCUUUUUCUUUUGAACUGGCAGCCCAGUCCAUUGGGGUGAAGAUCUCAGAGGGUUUGGUGUAUCUGCAGGAAAACAGUGCAGUGGUGUCAGCCCAGGUGUUUCGGGAAUGCGGGAAUCCCCAAAGGGCACCGUCCCGCGCCCGCCGAGCCCCAGCCCCCCGGGAGGAGGUGAGCCGCCUCUGGACCCCGGCGGCGGCGGCGGGGGCGGCGGGGACGGAGGAGGAGAGGCCCACGACGGCCGCAGGCACCAGCCUGAACCGCCUGGUGUGGGAGCUCCGCGAUCGGCUGGGCCGGGUGAGGGGCUUCUGGGCUGGGCUGGCCCUGACGGUGUGCGCGAACCCCCGCAUGGCGGCUGACAUCUCGCAGGAGGCGGCGCCCUGCUGGACAGGAGCUGGGCGGGGCCGGUAUUUGUCGCCUGUGGUCGCAAGUUCCCUGGAGCAGCUCGAAAACCCAGAGCUGGACCGUGAAUCCUUGAGAUCUGACGUCCAGACACGCAGGCGGCGGCUGCAGCUCCGGUUAGCCACGACCAGGAUGAGGGCGGCCGCCCUGGGACGUGACAUGGAACUGGAGGACUGGGAUGAGGAGGAGGAGGACGCCAGCGGUUCUGGAGAGGGACAGCACUAUGCAGAUGACUGGAUGGCUGGGGCAGCAGCUGUGGCCCCCCCAGCCCGGCUGCCUCGCCCUCCUCGAAGGGACACUUCUGGGGGCAGAGGAGGAGGUGUCCUUGUCCGCCACAACCAGGGCAGGAGCAGGACUGGGGGGACAUCUGUUGGUUUUCACACCCAACCCAUCCUCAUUCUCUUCCUCUCAGCCCUGGCCCUGCUUGGACCAAGAUAACAGGGGAAGGGUGCCCUAGCAUCAGAAGGGUUCAUGGCCCUUCCCCUCCUCCCCCUCUCCCUCAGCUGGGUCUGGGAAGGAGUCGAAGGGGGAUGCAGAGAGGUAGAGAAAGGGACUUUUUGGGUGAAUGGCUGGGGCCCCAAAUCCAGGAGAUUACCGUUGGUGGGUUGGGGGUGGGUGGGUGUUCAUAAUAUUUAUUUUUUCAUUUACAAUCUGGGGAGGAGGGGCUGGGGGUAUUUAUUUAGGAAGAAGGUGUGUGCUUUCCAAGCACACCUCUAUGUUGGGCAAGUUGUCAGCCCCAACAAAGAAAAGGGGAGGAGUUUUAGAGUUGCAGCUGGGGGUGGGGUUUG